AUGACGGCGCUACUGAGCCGAGCAGGCAGACUGAGCAGCGGUGCGCUCCGUAGGCGCAUCAACACCACACGCGCAAAAUCGACAACGACAACGACAACGACAGCAACGGCAACAGCAACAGCCGCACGCGCGGUGCCCGCGAGCAUUCCACUGGACGCACACACGGGCGGCGCGACGGUGGUGUCGGGUGACGGGGCGACGCAUGUGACGACGCUGGGCAACGGACUGCGGGUGGUGUCGGAGCGCAGCCCCGGGCACUUUGCGGCGUUGGGCGUGUACGGCGCGGCGACGGCUGGGUUCGGGCAUCUACUGGACCGGCUGGCGUUCCGCAGCUCGGCGCGGUUCAGCAGCGCCGAGGCGAUGGCGACGAUCGAGCGGCUCGGCGGCAGCAUCAUGAGCUCGUCGUCGCGCGAGUGCAUCAUGUACCAGGCAGCGGUGUUCCCGCACGACGUCGGCACGGCGCUGGGGCUGCUGGCUGACACGACGCUGCGGCCGCGGUUCCUGGAUGAGGAUGUGGCCGAGCUGCAAGCCGCCGUGCCAUGGGAGCUGCAGGACUUUGCGUCCAAGCCGGAGCUGUUCCUGCCUGAGAAGAUGCACGAGGUGGCCUUUGCCGGCACGCUGGGAAACCCGCUGCUAUGCCCGCUGCCGCAGCUACAGGCCGCCACGCCGGCCGCGCUGGCCGCCUACCAUGCGCGCUGGUACCGGCCUGAGCGCAUGGUCGUGGCGGCCGUCGGCGUCGACCAUGGCGAGCUGGUGCGGAUGUGCAGCGACGCGGGCUUCGGCGACGGCAAGGGCGAGGAGGUUGCAGGCACCGAUGGCAGGGGCGAUGCAGGUGCCCAAGCCGUGGCCGGCGGCUCGUGGCUCGGCAGGAUGCUCGGCCCCGGCAAGACGCUCGGGCCGGGUGGCCACACCGCCACCACGGGUCCCAGCCCUGCCUACACCGGCGGCACGUGGCUCGACCCGCAGCGCGACGUCGACUUCACGCAGGUGCACCUGGGGUUCCGCAGCGCCGGCAUCGACGACGAGCACGCGCUGUACGCGUACGCGACGCUGCAGAUGCUGCUGGGCGGCGGCGGGUCGUUCUCGGCCGGCGGGCCCGGCAAGGGCAUGUACUCGCGGCUGUACACGCGUGUGCUCAACCAGCACGCGUGGAUCGAGUCGUGCGUGGCCUUCCACCACUGCUACACCGACACCGGGCUCUUUGGUGUGUCGGCGUCGUGCCGCCCGCGCAACGAGCACGCACUGCUGGACGUCGUCGCCGCUGAGAUCGAGGCCGUCGCGUCGCCGUCAGCAGCCGGCCGCGCGUCGCCACCUCAAGAGCAACUGCUGAUGAACCUCGAGAGCCGCAUGGUGCAGCUCGAGGACCUGGGCCGCCAGAUCCAGGUGUCCGGCCGCAAGAUCCCGGCCGCUGCCAUGGUCGACCACAUCGAGGCCAUCACGCUGGCCGACAUCACGGCCGCUGCCGCGCGCCUGCUGAGAGCCCCGCCACGCUGCUUGUGCAGGGCAACACCGACGGCGUCAGCAGCUUUUACCCACAAGUGGCCGCCAGCCAUGGGAUUACAGCCCGCCGCUGAGCCAGGCCAAUAG